AUGAAGGGCCUUGCCGAUUGCGGCGGGCAGCUGGCAGUGCGAGACCUUCUGGAGCAGUCUGCCGCCGCCCUGCCUGAGGCCAACGCGGCGCAGGCCACCCGAUUGCUGUUUGCAUGCGCGAAGCUGGGCCAUCGCCCGGAUGAGACCUUCUUGCAGGCCUGGUUGGAACGGGCGCAGCAGCUCGACUUCGAGCCACAGGAGCUUCAUCUCUGCAUCAGCAGUUCGAAGAAGCUGAACUUCACCGAGGGCCAGGCGAUGAUGACGUCCAUGCGCCAGGCGAAGACGCAGACAAGAGUAUCCACAGAGUAG